AUGGUAAUCGAGUUUUUGCAUCGUGUCAUCGCUACAUUUGUGGAAUAUUUUGAAGAAUUCACCGACAAUGCAGUGAAGGAAAAUUGUGUUAUGGUUUUCGAACUGUUAGAUGAAAUGCUUGAUAAUGGUUUCCCAUUGGCUACAGAAUUGAACGUUUUGCAAGAGCUUAUCAAACCACCUAAUUUUCUCCGAACUAUCGCUAAUCAAGUGAUGGGUCGGACGAAUGUUUCGGAAGUAUUACCAACCGGGCAACUGUCAAAUAUACCUUGGAGAAGAGCUGAUGUUAAAUAUACAAACAAUGAAGCUUACUUUGAUGUUAUUGAAGAGAUUGAUGCCAUAAUUGACCGUCAAGGAGCUACUGUGUUCUCUGAAAUACAAGGAUACAUAGAUUGUUGCUGUAAACUUUCCGGCAUGCCUGAUCUAACAAUGUCAUUAAUUAAUCCAAGAUUGUUAGAUGAUGUCUCAUUUCACCCAUGCGUGAGAUUCAAGCGAUGGGAAAAUGAGCGAGUAUUAUCAUUUGUGCCACCAGAUGGAAAUUUCCGCUUACUCUCCUAUCACAUUGGUUCUCAGAAUAUGGUUGCAAUACCAGUAUACGUGCGUCAUAAUAUAUCACUUAAGCCAAGCACUACUGGACGAAUAGAACUAACAGUUGGCCCAAAGCAAAGUAUGGGUAAAGUGUUAGAAGAUGUUAUCGUGGAAAUGGCAAUGCCGAAAGCAGUGCAAAAUUGCAUGUUAAUAUCGAGCACUGGAAAAUGCUCCUUUGAUCCUACAACGAAACUGCUGCAGUGGAAUGUUGGAAAGAUUGAACUGGGUAAACCACCGACUUUAAAAGGAACUAUCUCAGUUAGCGGUACAGCAAAUGUCGAGGCGCCACCGAUUACUGUAUAUUUCAAAAUUAAUCAGUUGGCUGUGUCUGGAUUAAAAGUAAAUCGCUUGGAUUUGUAUGGUGAAAAAUAUAAGCCGUUCAAAGGUGUUAAAUAUAUCACUAAAGCUGGAAGAUUUCAAGUUCGCACAUGA